UGAGUUUUCAACCACCCUAAUCAACCAAAAAAAACCUCCUCCAAUUUAAAUCCAACAUCUCAAUGACUCAAUCACCCUAACCAAAAACCCAAGAGUUUAGAACCCCCAACCCACGCCCAAAAGAAAAAAGAAACAAAAGCCAACAGUCCACAACUUCGCCAAUUCAUCGUGUUCUCCUUCCUAGUUCUUAGUUCUUAUACCUCUUCGAAGGUUCCUAAUAUGAAGUUGGAAGGAGAUAUCACUCUAAACUCAUUAGUUCGCCAGUUCCAACAUGGGUUCACUUCACUUUCUCGUUCUUCACUUCGCUUAUCUGUCGCUGGUCUUCUUGGUAUUGCUGGCCUCGUUCUCGCUCUCAAAGACUCCAAAUUGGUCAACCUCAGCAGCUUAAACUGGUUUUCCAAGGACCAACAUGUUGAACCCAACUCGCAUUUGGUACCUGGGUUGCAGAACCUCGGCAACAAUUGUUUCCUUAAUGUGAUUCUGCAGGCUCUGGCUAGUUGUUCAUACUUUCAGCCUUUUCUCCAAAAGGUUUUAGAGGAGUCUGAGGUCAUGCCUGUUGAGGAUGCUGCGGACUGUGUGCCGCUUACAUUAUCUCUUGCUGCAUUGUUAGAAGAACUAUGCGCAGUUGGUGGUGAUAGAGUUGUGUUGAGUCCACGGCAAGUGAUGCAUGCGAUAGCAAAUUACAUUGAGAACUUUGAUCUAACAAGCGAGCAGGAUGCGGCAGAAGCAUUUCUUCACCUUCUUUCGUCUUUAAGAGAUGAAUUUUCAGAUUUUUAUUGUCCAAAUCAAGGUUCUAUAGUGGAAUUCUUAGUCUCGAACGGUAGGAUUAUUACUCCAAAGAGGAUGGAGAGCCAAAGUGAGCAGGAAAAAUGGCAGCAACGCUUCUUUGGACCAUUUGAUGGAAUUCUUGGCAGCAUCCUGACAUGCCAAACUUGUUCAUCACAGAUAUCAUUAAAUUUCGAAUCUUUUCACAGCUUGCCUCUUUCUCCAGUGCUUGAUGGUGGUGCCACAAUUAUGAGAGGAUUUACCUUAGAGGAUUGCCUGAAGCAGUUUACUGCUGCUGAGCGAGUUGAGAAUUACCACUGCAGCCAUUGUUGGCAUAUUGCUGCAGUCAAAUAUUUAUUAUCUAUGGGAGGAAAUGAGGGUGCAAUUGAAGAGAUUGAGACUUGCCCUGAGCAAGAUUCCUGCGAGUGUGAGAGACUUUUUCAUUUAGAAACACUUCCAUGGUUGAAUAGAUUUUCACAUACUCAAAAGCAAAUAAGUAUUGCUCGCUGCCCGAAGAUUUUGUGCAUUCACUUGAAACGUGUUUCAAUCAAUGUAUUUGGCGAACUUGUAAAACUUCAGGGUCAUGUAUCUUUUCCAUUGGUUUUGGACCUUGUAAGUUUCACAACAAGUGGGGUGGGAAUAAAGGGGUGGGAGAAAAACCGGAAAACUGGGGGAGUGCAGCUACAAAGUGAAAACCCUAGCCCUCUGCCUAAUCAUUUUAACUUAGAGAAUGAUCCAAGAAUGCUAAAUAUUGUCUUGGGGCUAGCAAGAGGAAGCACCCACCAACAAGAUUUAGCUUCAGAUAUAUUCACUGCAAACGCACAAGAUUCAGCAGGAGAAUUGAACUUUUUCCCUACUAGAGGCUUUUCAAAAACCCUGCAUGCAGACACAAAUCAGCUGAAUAGGAGUCGCGAAUCAGUUCAUACUUGUUUGUACCGUCUUGUUGCUGUAGUGGAGCACUUUGGAAGAGCUGGAAGUGGGCAUUACACUGUUUAUAGAAGUAUGGGAGCUGAUUUAUGUGGGGAGCAACCUGGUGAUCAGUUCGAUGCUUCUACGGCCCGCUGGUUUUCUAUUUCAGAUUCAGAGGUGUGCAGUGUCUCAAAGGAACAUGUUCUUGGUGCAGAAGCGAGCUUGCUUUUCUAUGAAAGGUAUCAAGGCUAGUGUGCCUAAAAAUCAUAUAUUUUUUUUAGUAACGGAAACUGCAUUUUGACCACAAAGCUCAGUGCUGAUGCUUCAAUUUUGAGUUUAGAAAAAACACGUUGAGAUAGUAA